AUGUCUGCGAACGUCAAGAAGGCUACAGACAGGCAAGUGAACGAAGCGGGAUCUACGGCAAGGACGUUGAAAAAGAGGAGCAGUCCCCAGCAUCGCACACGCAACAAGGAAGAAGUCACUGGGCCUCCGAACAAGACCUGCGAGCUAGCGAAGAUGCGGAGUGGAACCGCAAAGCAUCCCGAGCAGCUCGACACCACAGGUCAACAGCUCGCAUUCUUCUGUCCCCUCUUGGCCGGCGAGACUAGCGACAAGAAGAGGCAUACUGAGCUCUCGGGGUCGGCGUCGCUAGGCUUCGGUGUCUGGCUGCAACGCAUGUGGGAGAGCGGAACAAGCGAACCCGGGCAGGCGCAGGGGCGAACCCACGAGGAAAUGAAGGUGGGGGUGGGAGAGAUGGAGUGUCAGGAAACGGGGAGGCUGCUGCUGUGGCAGAUUGACAACCAACCAGAGACUUCGAAUUUGUGGGCCGUUGACAAGUCGUCGGAGAUGGGACCGGAGGGCGGACCGGCGAACCCCACUGAACAUGAGCAGCCAAGGGGCAUCGCAGCCGAGCGGGCUGAUCUCGGUGCCUGUGGUUGCGGGAGGGCAUCGAGCGGGAGCGGAGCGGGCCAAUUCCUGCGGUAUCAAGAGUUUGACAAGCGCGGUACGGCGAGACCCUGGCUCGACCUUCGCACCGCGCUCCCGCCUGUGAACCUCGCAACUGCGCCACGACAAAUUCGCCUGCCUGGAGCAACAUGGCCAACCCCACGUCGAGGGUUCCAUUUGUCCAACGUCGCCGGCCAACGCCGGUCAAGUUGCGCCCUCCGAGCAUCGACACAAGGACGCAUCACGCCAGCCAUUGGCUCAUCAGUCCCAGCUCCUGUGCACAAUCCCGUAGCUGCAUGCACCAACAAGACUGCCAAGACUUGGUUGCGCAUGACAGCUGCAAUUGCACCGCGAAACGUCGCUUUGCCGCUUCGCACUUCUCCGUUGGUCCCUCGGAACGGACCCGCAGCACCCAAUAUCCUCGCCCCUUGCUCCCGACAAGCCAAGCGGAUCAUUCCGGAACGCGACGGGUGGCGCAAGACACGCACAAGAGAGAGACACACAGAGACAGCUGGCGAGCUCCUCUGUUCGGCACUCGUCGUUCUGAAGCAGCGCAGUCCCAUCUCAACGGCAGAACCGUCCAGUACAGAGAUCCCCCUUUCGCCAUGCAGGAACCUGCGCUGGCGCAUCUCAAACUUUGCAGCUCGCCGACGUUCCUUUGCUUUCCUGGUGCUGGCUCAGCCGCCGUGCUCGAAUUGGCAAGGCAGAAUCCUCGAGCCCUCAUUGGAGCGGGGCUCCGCCUGGCCAUGUGUCGACCCCACAGUGUUCCCCGCGAGGUGGGAGAAACGUAUAUAUCGCGCACUCUGGUCCCCGUCGCUUGGUAGUCCCACAAGAUCAAAGCAACCUUCCCCUCUUUCGCUUGGCCCUACUCCUGCACUUGCUCUUGAUCAUACUCGGCGAAAGAUGUUGCUCUCUCACUUGCGAGACACGCCUCGCGAAGCGCGCGGCUGGCGCCUUUGGUUCAGCGCUUGGGCAGUCGGUGCCCUUGGCAUCUCACGAGGUCUGGACGAGGGUAUCAUCUCUGGUGUUCUCAAGCAGCAUAGCUUCAUCAAGACGUUUGGCUUCGACGACAACUCUCCUCAGGAAGCGACCAUCGCCUCCCAGCUCCAGCUCGGCUCGGUUGCCGGCUCGGCCAUCGCCUUCUUCCUCUGCGAUCGCCUCGGCCGUCUUCGCACCUCGAUGCUCGCCUGCUUGCUCUGGCUCUUUGGUACGGCCAUCUGGAUGACCUCUGCCGGCGUAAGCGGCACCCACUCCCCCGGCAACUACCACCAGCUCCUGGCCGGCCGCUUUAUCGCCGGGCUCGGGGUCGGUUUUACACCCGUAGUGGCGCCAGUAUAUCUUGCGGAAAUCGCUCCCAAAGCGAUCCGUGGACUCACCGUAUGCAUUUUCAGUGGCUCUGUGUACAUCGGUAUCCUACUUGGCUACUGGUCCAACCUCGGCACUUCCAUCCACUACGACGACGCAAGGCAGUGGACGAUCCCCGCUUCCAUCAACUUCAUCUUUGCCGGUCUCACCUUCAUCGCCUGUAUCUUUGCCAAGGAGUCGCCUCGAUGGCUCAUCAAGCAGGGACGUUACGAGGAGGGGCGAAAGACGCUCAGCUACCUUCGCAACCUUGACGAGGAUCAUCCCUACAUUGUCAACGAGGUCGAGGUCAUGGAGCAGCAGAUCCUUGCCGAAAAGGAGGCGCUCGAGGGUCUCAGCAUCUUCCAGAUCCUCAAGAAGCUCGUCACCAACAAGAACAACCAGUACAUCCUUUUCCUCGGCCUUGGCAUCCAGGUGCUCGGUCAGAUGAGCGGUGGUGGUGUCUACACUGUGUUCGCACCCAAGAUCUUCGGACUUCUCGGUGUGCCUGGAGGACAGAGGACCAAGCUUCUCACCACCGGUAUCUUUGGUAUUGUCAAGCUGCUCAGUUCGCUCGCUGCUGCCUUCUUCCUUGUCGACAUGCUCGGAAGGAAGACGGCUGUCACCACCGGUCUGCUGCUGCAGAGCUUGUGCUCACUCUACCUUGCGCUCUUCCUCAAGUUCACCUCCGGUGUCACCAAGGCCAACGAGACGCACUCGGACAAGUCGGCUGCUACGGGCGCCAUCUUCUUCUUCUAUCUCUCGGGUCUGGCUUGGGCGAUCGGUGUCAAUUCGGUGCAGUACCUUACGCAGACCGAGAUGUUCGACAUCACGGUGCGAGCGCUGGGUGUUGCUAUCGUCUCGCUGGUGCACUUUGCCAUGCAGUACGCGGCCACUCGUUCGCUCAACCCCAUGCUCCACGCGUGGGGCAACUUUGGCACCUUCCUCUUCUACGCCAUGAUUGCUCUCACCGGCUGCCUCUUUGUCUUCUUCUUCAUGCCCGAGACGGCCGGCAUGCAGCUCGAGGAUAUCCAUCAGCUCUUUGAGAAGCCCUGGUACCGUAUCGGCUGGACCGCCAACCGUCCUGCCAACAGGAAGGGCGCCACCUCGUCAAAGGUGGAGGCCGACGAGUCGCAGGACGGCGCCGAUCUCGCCUACUCGGCUCAGCUCGGCCAGAAGAAGUCCAUCGAGGAGGAGGAAGACGAAAAGAAGCACUAA